AUGUCCUCCGCCCAAGCUAAGGCUCAGGAUUACCUCAGCACCAUCGACCGGGAGCUGGCCAAGUACCCCGCCCUCGUCAACCUCGAGAAGCAGGCUGGUGUUCCCAAGGCCUACGCCGUCAUUGGUGUUGUCGCCCUCUACUUCUUCCUCAUCAUCUUCAACCUUGGUGGUCAGCUUCUUACCAACUUUGCUGGCUUCGUGAUUCCCGGCUACUACUCUCUUGCUGCCCUCUUCACUGACGGCAAGGAAGAUGACACUCAAUGGCUAACAUACUGGGUUGUAUUUGCCUUCUUCACCGUCGCUGAGAGCUUCGUCAACAUUGUCUACUGGUUCCCCUUCUACUUUGUUUUCAAGUUCGUCUUUCUCCUCUGGCUUUCUCUCCCCAUGUUCCGUGGUGCCGAAGUUAUCUUCCGAUCCUUCCUUGCCCCUACUCUCGGCCGAUACUUCACCGCUGCUCCUGCUUCUACCUCCUCUACUCUUCGCUCCAAGGGCGAGCACUUUGACAAGAAGGAGUAA